CACUUUCAUGCAUUUUUUUUCUCUUCUCUUCUUCAAUUUUUCUUCAAUAAUUCACAAGCUUGUGUUUGGUUUUUGAUUCUUAGGAAUAACAUUAUUAUUCAAUUCUCUUAGAAGAAAAUGAAGGAAAGCAUGGGAAAUCCUUUGCAGCUAAAGUCUCUUAACCACAUCUCAUUAGUGUGCAGAUCAGUGGAACAAUCCAUGGAUUUCUACCAGAAUGUUCUUGGCUUCUUCCCAAUAAGGAGGCCUGGAUCUUUUGAUUUUGAUGGAGCAUGGUUAUUUGGAUUUGGGAUCGGAAUUCAUUUGCUACAAGCAGAGGAUCCUGAGAAAUUACCCAAGAAGAAAGAGAUUAAUCCAAAGGAUAAUCACAUAUCUUUUCAGUGUGAGAGCAUGGAAGCAGUGGAGAAGAAGCUGAAAGAGAUGGACAUAAAUCAUGUGAGAGCAAGAGUUGAAGAAGGAGGAAUCCAAGUGGAUCAGUUAUUCUUCCAUGACCCUGAUGGUUUCAUGGUUGAGAUUUGCAACUGUGAAUGCCUCCCUGUCAUUCCCUUGGUUGGUGAGGUGGCAAGAUCUUGCUCACGUGUCAUCAUGACUCAACCACCACAAAUUCAGAACGUGGUCCCCACAGUUGCCAGCUGGAAAACCCUUAACUGAUAUAAUAAUAUCUUGAUCAUCACUUAUUUUUAUGUGUAUUUAUUAAAAGAUUUAGUAAUUUAUCAUCUGGCUAUGAUAAUUUAAAAAUCUUUUAAGUGAAUACAUUUAAAAUGAGUAAUUAUAGAAAUUUCUAGAAUUCGGACCUGUGGAUUCUUUUGAUGGGGAGAGUUUGAGACGAUGUAAAUUAAUAAACCCUCUUGUCUAGUUUUCAUUACGUUUUAUUAUAUAAUAAUAAUAUCAAUGAUUAAACAAA